CGGAGGGCAGCGCCGCCCGCGCCGGGGAACAGUGUGCGAUGGCUUGUUCCGUGGUGCUCGAGCGCCUCCGCGGCGACGCGACUGUUCACAGUGGAGGCAAACCAUAUAGCUGCGAACACUGUGGAAAACGUUUCAGAAACAAGUCUAUCAUAAGGAAACAUAUUCAACUCACUCACUUAGCAAUCGGGCCAAAACAAUUUCCUUGUGAUUUUUAUGGAUCUACAUUCGAAUCUGAAUCGCUUGCAAUGGAACACGAGAAAAGCGGACAUGGUGUUACAAAUUCCAUUUGUGCUAAACUGUGUUCGGACGGCAGCGCCGCCCGCGCCAGGGAACAGCUCGCGAUGGCUUGUUCCGUGGUGCUCCAGCGCCUCCGCGGCGACGCGACUGUUCACAGUGGGACCAACCCAUACGGCUGCGGACACUGUGGCAAGCAUUUCAGAAACAAAUAUAUUUUAAGGAAUCACAUACAAAACACACGACACUUGUCGACCGGACGAAAACCAUUUGCUUGUGAUUUUUGUAGUUCUACGUUUCAAACUGAAUCGCUUGUAACAGAACACGAGAAGAGCGAACACGGUGUUACAAAUUUCAUGUGUGCUGAAUGUGAGUAUACAACAAAUUCCAAGAAAAAAUUGAAGACUCAUUUAAAGAGUCACUCUUUGGAGAAUAAUUUCAAUUGUAGUCACUGUAUUUACACGACAAGUUCGUGUAAAAGUGAUUUACACAUACACCAAACAAUACACAUGGCUGGAGAGCCUUUAAAGUGUAGCGACUGUGAUUUCAAAUGCAGUGUUGAAUCAAACCUGCGACGUCACCAGAAGACACACAACCGCAGGCACCAGAGAAUACUCACUGGAAAACAGGCUUACAAAUGUAGUCAUUGCGACUACAAGUACAGUAAAAGUUCAGACUUACGAAAUCACGAAAGGACACAUACUGGCGAGAAGCAUUUUCAGUGUUGCUACUGUGAUUAUAAAUGCAGUCAGAAAUCAAGCUUACAAAAUCACCUGACGAUACAUACCGGGGUGAAGCCAUUUAAAUGUAGCAUCUGCGACUACGAGAGCAAUCAGAAAGGACACUUACUAGUUCACCAAAGGAGACACACCGGAGAGAAGCCGUACACAUGUAGUCUGUGCAACUACAAGUGCAGUGAUGGGUCAAGCUUACGCAGACACGAACGAACACAUACUGACGAGAAGCGUUUUCAGUGUAGCCACUGUGAUUACAAAUGCACCCAAAAGUCAUACUUACAAAAACACCUGAGGAUACAUACUGGGGCGAAGCCAUUUCAGUGUAGCCACUGUGAUUACAAAUGCAGUUGGAAGUCAAACUUACAAAGACACUUGAGGAUACAUACUGGGGCGAAGCCAGUUCAGUGUACCCACUGUGACUACAAAUGCAGUCGGAAGUCAGACUUACAACAACACCUGAAGAUACAUACUAGAGCGAAGCCAUUUCAGUGUAGCCACUGUGAUUACAAAUGCAGUCUGAAGUCACAGUUACAACAACACCUGAUGAUACAUACUGGGGCGAAGCCAUUUCGGUGUAGCCACUUUAAUUACAAAUGCAAUAAUAAAUCAAACUUACAAAAUCACCUGAUGAUACAUACUGACUGAAAGCCUUUUAUUUGUAUCCACUACAACUACAGGACGGAAUGAAAAUACGCUUUACAAAGACAUCUUAGAAGGAAACAUCCUGGCAAAAACCCCUAGUUCCGCUAGUGACGGGAAACAUGAUCCGCUAGUUACCGGUGGAGCAUGUGUCGGGUGUGGGCUGUGUGAUGUGUGUGUCGUGGUUCCCUUGCACGCGCGUGCACGAUGUGUUCCCGGUGUCGUGCCGGCGUGUGUCGCGCAGGACGAGCGAGUGCCGUGUGUCGCGGCGAGAGGCUUCUUAAGGUUGCGUUUUCACCAGAGA